AAUGUCAAAACAAAGUGUCAGAGCACCGAAAAUGUACUAGAGAGUUUUUUAAACAAAAUUCAUAUAAAAUCACCAAAAAUUCUAAGUAAAACUUAAACAAUAAUGCCGAACUCAAGGCGACGAAAAUUUUCCGUUCAAAAUGAAAUAAAAAAUCGUGAAACGACAAAGUCACAAAAUGGCACACAAGUCCGUGCAUCCGAUACUGACGAUGGAGCCAAUAAGAAUAAAAACAAGUCGCGGCCUAACACUUCAAAACGCUCCUCAAUUCUUGAAAUGGUUGUUGAAUGCGAAAAUACCAUUUCGACCACCGCAUACAAAAAGGAAUUCGCAACUAAUGAUAAAGAUGUCACAGCCAGUUCCAGCAAUAUCGACUUGUUUAAUAUUCUUAGUGCAGCAGAUGGAAACAUAUCUAACAAAUUCCUUGAAAGUAAAGAACAUGACGUAGAUAUGAAGCAUACAAGAGAGAAGUUUCAAUCGCGUCGUGACAAACAUCCACGGCAGCAUAGAAUCAAAGUUAGGAGCCCAAAACGCAAACCACUUGUAAUUGAUAAAGUCGAAGGUAAUAAACGAUCUAUAGGUAGUUCUAUUGACUGGAAUGAAGAAGAAACAGCAGAAGUAGAAGUAGCUCAAGCAGUACUUAAAGUAGAAGCCGACGUGAUUGAGAACGUGGAAGAACAAGAGAGGCCUAGUAAUUAUUCAAUGGAUGAUAUGUGUAGAAUAUGCCACGGUGGAGAAUCAUUGACUUCAGAGUUAGGAAGCCUGAUAUCUGCAUGUUCCUGCAGAGGGACAGUUGGAAGAGUUCACGUCAAAUGCCUCGAGCGCUGGUUGACGGAAUCUGGCAAGUCAAGAUGUGAACUCUGUGGAACAAGAUAUUCAACACGACGUGUCCAUAGAUAUGGAAUAAUGAAAGCUCUUGUGAUGUGGAUAUUGAGUCAAAACGCUAAACAGUUAAUGGUGGAUAGUCUGGGUAUAAUGCUGAUGUCACCGCUUGCUGUACUUGCCGCUUGGUUGUCUGGUCGCACGUUAGCUGGCCUAAUGACGCAGGAGGCUCACGUCACACCUUGGCCUUUAGCUUCUACGUUUGUGUUAGCUUGCAUGACCCUUGUAUGUUACUACUGUUGGAUUGUAUCAGCUGCUACGCGACACGCUUUAGGUUGGUGGAUUUGGUACAGAUCUCAGUACGAAGUAAGACUUCAAAUCGACCCAGUGGAUUAAUGUAUAGUGAAAGGUUUAAAGAAUUUUCGGUGCUAAUAAAAUUUAUUUAAUUUAUUGUUUUA